AGUAAAUGUUGUUAUAUUGUUGUGACUUUGACUUUGAAUAUAUACAGUGUAUGUGUUGUUUGAAUGAAUGAGUCAAUGAACGCAACAAUGUUUGCAUCAAAACAUUAGCUGAAAAAAAACCUAAUGUUUUGUUUGUAUAUUAAAUGCCACUAAUUGUUGGCAUUGUUUGAGUGCAACAAAUGUCUGUUAUUUGAAAAGUGCCGACACGUGUGUCUGUCUGUCACACAAACAAAACACGUAAUGUCUGUCACGUGCGCCGAUACCGUCAUCAACAACAACAACCACAACAACAGUCAGUUUACACUUCGCGAAGACGAUGUUAUUCGUCUGGUUCUUGAAUUUCUUGGCAAUCGUGACCUCAGUAUAUCGCAGUUGAGUGUCGAACGCGAAACAGGUCUCAGCAAUCAUGUCUUCAGCGAUGAUCUACUAUUUUUGCGUCAACUGAUCCUCGAUGGCCAAUGGGAUGAUGUCCUGCACUUUGUUCAGCCGCUAGAAUCGGUCGAUACGUUCGACAAGAAGCAGUUCAAGUAUCUGAUCCACAAACACAAGUAUAUUGAAUUGUUGUGCAUUCGCUCGGAGGCGGGACCCAUACAUAACGUUGAGGUCGCUGUCAACGAUGUGGUCAACUGUCUGAGCAAUUUGGAAGAGUUGUGUCCAAACAGAGAUGAUUACAAUGAGAUGUGUCUGUUGUUGACGAUACCGAACAUUUGCGAACUAAAAGAAUAUAAGAGAUGGAAUCCAAGCAAUUGGCGGAUCAGUUGUUUCAAAGCAGUUUUACAGCUCAUUGAAAAGUAUUUGCCGAUCGACAAGAAGUCGGCCAACGCAUCGCAGAAGACGGCAAAAGGCGAUCGUCUCAUGCAAUUGGUUAUCAAAGGCAUUCUUUACGAAUCGUGUGUCGAGUAUUGCCGUCAAAAAGCUGAUGACGUUUCCGGUGGCAAAAUAGUGUCACAAAUGAAAUACUCGGAUAUAUUAGACGGUACGGGAUUUAGCAAUUCCGAUGCCAGUCUGUUAUCGUGGCUUCAGUCCAUACCUAUCGAUACAUUUAACCAUCCAUUUGAACAAAAAAAGUUGAAUGUCGAAGUGGAACAACUUGACAAACCAUCGCUGAUGGCUUCGUGGUCUGAGGUGAUUCUGGUCACACCAAUCAAACCCAAAGUAUUUCCCCAUUCGGCCACACCGUUUACCCGGAAAAAGGCAUCCGAUUUAAUGUCGAAAUCAUUGACACCCGGUUUGGUGGACGCUCUCACCAAAAGUGUGAUGAACUUCUCAAUCAGUGAUAUGACAGCUAUGAGUAGGUCAUCCUAUGCCUCCACGGGAUUCCACUUGAAUUCAAACAAUAAUAAUACUCAAAAUAAUAGCAAUUGUAUUACCAAUAAUAAUAAUAAUACUUCUGCCGCUAAUAAUAGUAAUAAUAAUAAUAAUACAGGGAGAAGUGUUUAA